AGACAAGAUAAGGAAAUGACUCAGUGAAAUUGAUUGUACAAUACUGUAUUUAAGCCGCUUUAUCCACUCUUGGGGGUGUUUCAUUUGAGGGGGGGUUGGUUGGCUCUGGACAGCUGUGGGGGUUGACUCCAAAUUAAACACUCGUACAGCACACCGGAGAAGAGGAACAGAAAGCCGGGCUUGAGCACAGGAAGACGCCCGAACCAUGGUGAUGUGAACAGCCGUUACCUCGUCUCUUUUCGCCACAGCGUGAGUGGAAGAGGGGCUCAUAAGUGUGUGCGACCAUGGGGAAAGACUACUACAAAACACUGGGCAUCCCCAAGGGCUCCAACGAAGAGGAGAUCAAGAAGGCCUAUCGUCGUAUGGCCUUGCGCUUCCACCCUGACAAGAACACGGAGGCCAACGCCGAGGAAAAGUUCAAGGAGAUCGCCGAGGCGUACGAGGUGCUCGGCGACCCAAAGAAGAGGCUCGUCUAUGACCAGCUAGGGGAGGAAGGUUUCAAGACAGGAGGCGUCAGCUCAUCAGGCGCUCCCGGUACCUCAACUCACCACUACACCUUCCACGGAGACCCCCACGCCACCUUUGCCUCCUUCUUCGGCGGCUCUAACCCCUUCGAUAUGUUUUUCGGUGCCAACCGAAGCCACGGCCGCACCAACGGCUUCUCCUUCCAUAACGAGCACAGUAACGACGGUGAGCAAGAGACCGACUUGGAUGAGGACGACCACUUCGCUCACUUCGGGAGGCAGUUCAGCUUCGCGGGCGGGGUGAAAAACGGCUUCCCGGGAGAAGGCCGAAGGAGGAGGGGCGGACCCUCGGAUUGCCCGGGAGGCGCCCGAAAGCAGCAGGACCCCCCGGUGGUUCAUGAGCUGAAGGUCUCCCUAGAGGAGAUCUUCCACGGCUGCACCAAGCGCAUGAAGAUCACACGCCGUAGGUUGAACCCGGACGGGAGAAGCUUGAGGACUGAGGACAAGAUUCUAAACAUUGUGAUUAAGAAGGGCUGGAAGGAGGGCACCAAGAUCACCUUCCCCAAGGAGGGCGACCAGACACCUGAGAACAUUCCUGCCGAUAUUGCCUUUGUGCUUAAAGACAAGGGCCAUGCCCACUUUAAGAGAGACGGUUCAAACAUCAUUUACAACUGCAAGAUCAGUCUCAAAGAGGCGUUGUGCGGCUGCACAGUCAGCAUCCCCACGCUGGAAAAGCGACUCAUCUCGCUGCCGUGUCACGACAUCAUCAAACCCGGCACGGUGAAGCGACUUCGAGGGGAAGGCCUGCCGUUCCCUAAGAACCCCUUGCAACGCGGCGACCUCAUCGUGGAGUUCUCGGUGCGUUUUCCCGACAGGAUCCCGCCUCAGUCCAAAGAGAUUAUCAGACUCCACCUUCCUCCGUCGUGAGAAGAAUGACAAAAACAGAAUCUGCAUCUUUUUUUUCAGCAGAUUAUGACCAUUACGUCAAAGCAAAAUUUUUACAGAUUCACAGAUGGGGAAACUAUAGAACACUCAAUUGACACUAUCAUAGUUUCACCUGCACAAUCAAAUGAGGUUCAACACAGGAGUUGUACUGAAACAUGUUUAUUAUUGUUGUUGUAGUAGUUUUGAUUGACAUUUAUCAUACCUAGAGGUCUUUAUUACAUUUUGCUUACUAAGCAGGAAGAAAACAAGGCAUUUAGGUUCUUCUUGAAGUAUUUAAAAUGGACGCUGUGCCUCAAAGAAUAGGUGGGUGCAUCAUGUCAUACUGAAAUUAACAUUAUAAUGGUUAUUUAUCAGAGCACAAUAAGGUAAUAAUACAUAUUUGAAAGAUUUCUGAUGAGUAAAUGAUAGUACGCAGGUAGUCCCCGGGUUCCGAACGAGUUCCGUUCCUACGCUGGCGACGUAACCCGAAUUUCCGCUUCAGUCGGAAUUAACCCUUCAAUGAAAUAAAUGCUGGGUAACUUUUCAGUUUUGGUCGGUUUUAGUGACGCUGAUGAACAAAAGCGGUAGUGUUUUGCCUUAAAGAGCAUACGACAGGAGGAAAAAAGUCUUAAAUAGCAUUAUUAUGUGAAUUAGAAUCAUAUUUUGAGACGAUUCGACUAUAUACAACAAUUUAGCAAAGCGCAGAUGACGAGAAAUUUGUCUUUAAAUCUGCCGGUUAGCCACGCCUACCAUUAUAGGGCUCUAGCGUCCCCAACAGGUGGAUGACGUCAGCGGGAGACUGGGCUCAUCGGUUUUACUAUUCAGCCCAUUGAGGGGGGAUUAUUCAAAACGAGGAAAACGCGUCGAUGAGAGCCGCAAAAUGUUAUUGUUUCAGUCUCUCUACUCCAAUAUUUUACAGGAUAUUCUUUUUAUCCGAGUAUUUUUCCACAAUAGCUAAAUAAAUGGCUUGAGAAGGACCAGUCAGCCCGUCGAGGGGGAAGUAUUCACAACGAGGAAAACGCGACAAAGAGAGCGGCAAAAUGUCAUUGUUUCUGUCUCUUUCCUUCAAUAGUUUUACAGGAUAUUCUUUUUAUCCAAGUAUUUUCCCCAAUUGCUAAAUAAAUGGCAAGGUCAUGACAAAUAACAGUCUUGUGCUAAACGUAAUAUGAAAUCAUAAAAAUGCACUUAUUCAGGACGACAUGGCAAAAUUACUCCAUGAUGGUCAAAACUGUCGACUUCACCUUUACUGUCGCACUUUCCGAACGAUAUUUUAUGACACCUAAAUCGGACAUAUGUCAUUUCCCUUCCCCGGCUUCGGAGAAUGUAAACAAACCAAGAGGCGUGACAGCUAGCCGACAUGCUAACCCGAAACGAGUGAUGUUUCAAAGUCUUCGAAGCAUAAAAUCACACAUAACUAGCCCGGAUUAUUUGACAUGACGACUGGGUUGUUUGAGUUGUUGGUCGAUUGUCUUCGCGGACCGGCAAACCACCCGGUGGAGAGCAAUUUAUAGCUCGUUCCCCGGAGGAGGGCGGCUGCAGUUGUUGUGCAGCUAACGUUCAGCUAAUGUGCAUGAGGAGAGCUUUUUACCUGCCCAUCAAUGAUCAAAUGUAAGUAGUCCUUUAUUUAAAGAAAGUUUGUAGUGUUUACUUUGUAAUCGCUGUAUUAAUAUUUGACAUAAUACAAAACAAGAUGUUUACUCACUUCCUCGUAAGUCCCACAGUAGUAGGGCUUGUUUUGGCCAAUAUCCACGGUGAAUGGGAACCUUUUGAAACUCUAAAAUGGCGCAUACGCCUCUCCCUCAUAAAGCAAGAUUUUUCUGCAGCCGUUUGGCUGGCGUGAUGCGAAAAAUAAACGUAUUAAUCCGCAAAAUCAGCUGAAUCCUUAGUCCUCAUACACAACAGUACGGCCGUAGUGAAGAAGACACCUUCAACCGUACACGUCACAGCGCCCUCCUCCACAAUGCAGAAACUUUCAGGCAGGGAGGCAAGGUCACCCGAAUUUCCACGUCAGUCGGAAUUAACCCUUCAAAGCAACGCUGGGUAACUUUUCAGUUUUGGUCGGUUUUAGUGAUGCUGGUGAACAAAAACGGUAGUGUUUUGCCUUACGGAAAACUGCGUUUUCCAUGAGGACCAGCACACACCCGCACAGUGUCGUAAAAUCAUGAUCACCCGGUCGCCUGCAGUUGGAUUUAAUGACAAUUCUGUUUCCAACAGCUGUGUGAAGGAUAAUAGUAAUAAGGUAAUGAAUCGAGUUGUGGCUAAAAUAUAGCGUUUGACGGUUAGCAACCGUGUGGCAAACAAAACCCACCCCACCCAGCGGGAUUACGGCAACCCGGCCAGAAGGCCAAACCCCGCACGUUCACCUUAGUCUUAACCCUUUAUACUGACUCCAUUUUGAAAGGUUGAAAGAAGGCUCACCGAAAACAAGUUGACGAUUUAUUCAAAUCGACAGCAAUCAAAACAGCAAGGCGAAACAGAAACACUCAGGCGGGGAGGCAAGGUCACCCUAUCACACGUCAACAAAAGGUUCUUGAGAAAAAUUACAACACUUAGUUAAACAUUCAGUCUCUUGAAGGCUCUCGUGGGGCGGGCCGUGCACAGAAUGAAGGGUGUGUUUGGGAUUAUUGUCUGUUUGUGGAUUGGACAGGAGGAUUCGGGAGGUACUGUUCGGGGAUGGCGUGGCUCAGUGCUGGAGUAGUUGUCCCCCAACCCAGAGGUUGUGGGUUCGAUUCUCCACCCUGAUGAACUCGCCUAAGUAUCCUUGAGCAAGAUACUGAACCCCGCAUUGCUCCUGGUGCUGUGUCACCAGCAGGUAGAUGGCAAUGUAGUGUAAAGCGCUUUGAGUACCUUGAGAGGUAGAAAAGCGCUAUACAAGUAUAACACCAUUUUACUGUUGUCCGGGCAACGAGGGUUGUUGAUUUUGCCACCUCAGCAUCAAAGGGACUCUUGGAGUUUUGUCAGUCGUAUUAUCAGUUCGAUAUCGGCCGUUCAACGGUGUUCCUUGUAUUGGGACAGAGCAUCCCGUCAUUUGUUCUGGACUGUCCGGGAGAACUGAUUGCGAGUCAGUUGCAUGACGCACACGUUGGGCUUCCUUGAUAAGAAGGCUUCAUGUAUCUUUAUGCCUUAUAUUCUGCUUGUUUACCUUAAACUAUGGUAUAAGUGCUAUUUAUUUUAUAUUGGGUUUGUUAAGAAUAAUACAAAUAAACAGUAAAUACGAGAAACAAUACUAUUCCCUGAUUGAUUAUAUUAAGUGUGUUAGAAUAAUGCAACAGUUAGACGGUGCCUACGAGAAAAGGUACUAUCUCCUUCAUUUCUCUGCCAUCUUUGCAGCGUUCACUUCAACUUCCGUCUUUAUAAUGAAUGGAGAUAGGGUGAAGUGAUGUAUGCCGUAAAGCAGUCGCCACAUUUGUAGUUUUUUUGUGUGGCAGGAUUCCUGCCACCCUCCUCAAGGUUGAUUAGUGCCGGUGAAAGCGAUAAGGAUCCCUCAAGAUAUAAAAGAGGUGUCAUUCAACUAGGUGCCAGUUGACGUAUCAUCACAAAUGUUAUGAAAAUAUUUUAUAAAGAUUGUAAAGUUACCUAGUGUUGCUUUAAGUACCCCUAUAUCUCAAAAUAACUAUCCAAAAACAUGUAUUAUACGUCAUUGUACUGUCCUCGCCAAGAUGCUAGAGCAAAGUCCUAGCUGGACAGCGAGCUAAGCUACGAAAUGACGAUGUCAGACGUCGGUGUGGUUUGCUGACUUUAUUCAGCUGCUCAUGACGUCAGCACUUGCCGAAUGAAACUAAAAUAAAAAAUGAAAUCAAAUCUAUUUCAUCUUCAAUAACAGCAAUUUAAAUUUGCAUUCAUAACUAGCUGCUGAUACAGCAAUAACAAUCCAUACAAACGAUUAGCAUGUAGAAGUUAGUGUCCUCACAUUAUCAAAAAUAAACACAUAAACUCACCCCAAGUACGCGACCAAAAGUGAAAAUGCACGGUGAACAGUACAAAAGAUGUUAUAAACAGGUGUUGCCGCUGUGGAUACUUCACAAGCAACAAAUGUGAGCGCAGGCUUGCAGCUGUAAAUUCCCCUUCUCUCUCUCACACACUUGGCUGCACGACUUCUUCGUAGAAACAAAUGAUGACACGCUCUCUUUCGUGUGCGCAAAUUCGUUCAUGUGUAGAUGCGCUCUUCUCGCGUGUGAAAAUACUACCUGCUUUAUGCUUCCUGCGCCAAAAUAAAAGCAUGCGAAACAAAACAAAAGUCUACAUUAUUAAAAAAAAAAAAAAAUUAGAUAAACAAUUGGAGACAAAACGGCCGAUGAGAUUACGGCGUCCUAAAGUCGAAAUCACGUAAGUCAGGUACGUUGUAACCCGGGGAGUACCUGUAUUGUGAAAAGUUAUUUUUAAUGCCUCAAAGUGACUGGCAUAUUUUGAGUUAAUUUUCUACUGUAUAUGAAAACUUGUAGAAUUUAUUGCUCCAUAUUUUAUUGGGGCAACUCACAGGUCAUGUUCUAUAUAUUUUUUUUGUUUUUAACUCAUCAUACCAUCAAGUGAUAGAAUCAUAGUGUUCAUGCAUAGAUUUCACUAUCAGUUGACGGGAAACGGGGCGCAGGGCCGUUCCGUAGGGGGCCUAUUUUCAAAAACUUAAAAUUCAAAUAUUUUCAAAACAAAAGCUCCUCGUGACCUAAAACCAAAACAGGCACCUCCCUUAGGCAUGUAUGAGUCUCUAUGAACAGCGACAUAAAAAAAUUCAAAGUCGUUCCCUAAUAAAAUCCCUAUUAGUUGUUUUUUAUACAAGUAUAAAAAAAACUUAAAAUGGCUAUAAAAUUCUCAGAUUUUGGGCUAGAUGCAGAAAAAUCACCAAAUGCAGAGAUAAUCACUUAUAUUUUCAGGAUAAAUAGCCAAAUUUAACAUAUCAUAUAACUAAAGAUGUCCCGAUCAGUCUGGAUCGGGUCCGAUCACGUCAUUUUCAAAGUAUCGGAAUCGGCAAAAAAAUAUCGGACAUGCCUUUUUUUAAUAUACGUAUAUAUUUUUUUAAUUAAAUCAUUUUCUAAUUGUAUUUAACGUUACAGACAAAAUGUCUUACACUCAUCCAGAGUCUUUAGUUUUGGCUUAAAGUAGGGAUAUGAAAUUUAUCACAUUCAUGGCGGUAAUUAAUUUUUAAAAAAAUUAAUCACGUUAAAAUAUUUAACGCAAUUAACGCAUGCACUG